AUGGCAUCAAAUUUUGAAUCCUCCAUUCAGAGUGGGGGCUGUGAUUUCAUCCAUGAUUUCGCCUGUUCCGCGUGCGAAAAAGAUGGACUGAACAGGGAAGCUCAACAUUUGUGUAAUCAUUGCACGAAAUAUUACGGCGAUAGCUGUGUCCCAGUUCAUAACAAGCUAUACAAGAGGCACACAGUGCUCGACCGGAAGGACGUGAAGAAAUGGGCAGCAGCACCGGGGAUGUUGGACGUCCUUGAGAGAUGCGAGAGGCACCCCGGGGAGGCGCCCAAGCUGGUCUGUGGUGACCAUGGCCAGCUGUGUUGCCAUGUGUGCGUUGCCGUGGUUCAUAGACAAUGUUCAUCAAUACAGCACAUUCCAGACGUUGCAAAGGGCAUCGGCAAAGAUCCCGAGUUUCGUCAACUACCUCAACGUGUAGCUGUUCUUAGGAAGCAGAUAGAAGAUAUGAAAAACGACAGAAAGAAAAAUAGUGCCUCACUGAGGAAGACUCGAACAGCCAUUGUUGAUGAAAUCAAAGCAAUCCGUAAAAAGAUCAACGACAUUCUUGACAAGAUGGAGAAAACAACCGUUCAAGAUUUAGACCGUCUGGUUGCUGAUCAGGAACUGUCCAUUAAGAAAGGUAUUGAGUCAUGCACACAGAUGGACGACGAAUUAAAGAACAUCACAGAUGACAUACAAAGCAAAGACUCAUCAGGCGAACCACCCCUAUACAUUGGGUUCAGAAAAUGUAAAGAAAUAAUCAAACAAGCAAACGAAAUACUGCAAAACAUGCCUAGUGUUGUCAAAUACGAAAUAACCUUUCGUAAACAUAAUGAAAUAGAAGAUAACUUGUGCUCGGUGACGACCUUUGGAGAGUUAAAUGAUUCGAAUGUUUUUUGUAAACAACCACGUACAUCGCUUUUUCCCCGAGAUCAUGUAUUUGCUACCAAUGGUUACAAGCAGUACAACGUAAAGAUUAGUUCAGACAAAGAUGAAUGUGAUAUUGAAGGGAUAUGUGAGCUGCCUGGUGGAGAGGUUGUUAUUACAGACUACAACAACAUGACAGUGAAACUCCUGGACCAGAAGUACAGGGUUGUCGAUCACUGUGAUGUCCCCGAGAAUCCAUAUGACGUGUGCCACAUUGGCGGAAAUGAGGUUGCCGUUUGUGUUAACAAAAACAAGAAAAAUAGACAUGAAUUUCAUUUCAUUAACAUUACAAAAGGGAAACUUGUGACUACGAGAAAGUUAAGUUUCACUCAUGAAUGUUUCAGCGCAGCUCAUCACAGGAACAACCUUUACAUUUCAUCAAACAACGCGCUGUACGUCUAUCCGAUGACGGGGGAGCUGGUAGAGAAGCUUUACGAGGACAAGUCCGGUGGUGACACGGUGAUGGGAUUUGCCAUCAGUAACGACGGGAAGACUAUCUACAUCACAAACUACUCAAACAAUCAACUUAUCACCCUGAACAACCUCGGCAACAAGCUGGUCACAUUCACUGAUCCUGACUUGAGGGGACCUACCGGAGUACACGUGACAACUGCUGGAAACGUGUUCGUCUGCUGCUGGACUUCCAACACAGUGCUGCAGGUUGACAAUGACGCGAAGACGAAGUUGGCCACACUGGCAAGGAAACAAGACGGAGUGUACGGACCUAAAGCUUUGUACUUCAGCAGCCGUUCUUCCUCGCUGGUUGUCGGCGGAAAGAAAGACACGCUCCUCGUCCUUAAUGUACGAUAAAUAAUA